GGACAGACACUGCUCCUGCCACGUACGGUGCUCUCCCUGCACGUUCCGAUCAGCGAUUACUCGACUGCCAUCUCCCGAAUCGCCGGUGACCCAGCACUCGCUGCGUGGCCAAUGCUGCUCCAGCCGACGUACGACCCGCUGCAAGCCGACGUCCCGGCCGUUCAUCCCUUCUCUCCCGCAGUCGGCGCCAAGAGAAACCUAGGGCGCAACUGCGCGGAUCCCUACGAGCCCGACGUCGACGCGGACCUCCGGGCCAAGGAAAGGGACACCAGGGAGCACCCUGACGCCGACUACAUGUCCAAGAUGCAGCAGGGCCACCUGAGCACGUCCAUGCGCGCCGAGCUCGUGCUCUGGAUGGACGCCUUCGCCCGCCACCUCGGCGGUCUCCCGGAGGGCACGCUCUGCCGCGCCGUCGUCUACCUCGACCGCGUCCUAUCCGUGCGCCCUGUGCCGGCCCACGACGAGGCGCUCCAACUCGUUGCCGCCGCCGCCGUCUCCCUCGGGGCCAAGUACGAGCAGUCCGCCAGCGGUCGGAGGCUCGACGCCCAAGUCGUCGAGGCGUUCCUCGGGACCACCGUGCACGCAGUGGAGGAGAUGGAGGGGGAGCUCGUCAUGGAUCUCAGCUGCGUCAUGGACGGCCCGACCGCGUACACGUUCGUCGAGCACUUCACGAGGUUCUUCGAGCGAGAAGACGAGUUCUUGGUGAGGUCCCUGGCGCUUCGGUUGGUCAACCUGACGUUGGCGUUUUUCGGGUUCGUUGGGCGGAUCCUGCCGUCCGCCGUGGCUGCAUCGGCGCUGUUCCUCGCCAGGCAGAUCCUCGGCGUGCAGUUGAGCAACGAUCUGGAGGAGGUGACGGGGUACAAGGCAGUGGACUUGAUGGGUUGCAUAUGCUCCUUGGUGGAGCUGCUUCCUAGGAAAAAACUCUAAUCUGUAAAUCUGUAGCUGGACUGUGUAUGUAUCAUGAACAAUGUAAUUCGAUGGGAUCGAUCCAUGUAUCAUGAACAAAAACCC